AGCCAUAAGGAAAUAAAUAAAUAAUCCCCUUAGGGUUUCACUUGGUCUAUCUCUUGGAGGUCUUCCGAAUCCAUUCUCUUCGUCUAUCAAAUAUGAUGCAACAACCACCACCCGGAGGCGUAGCUCCGCCGCCUUCCAUGACAAACGAUCCGUCUCAAACCCAGCAGUACCAGCAACAACCGCAGUCGCAGCCUUGGAUGAUGAUGCCUCAACAACAGCAGCCCGGUCAGCCGGUUCCUCCACCUGCGGGUUGGAAUACGCAACAGGUCCCUCCGCCCUCUCAGAUGCAACAGUACACCGCCGGUUCCCCAGCUACCGGAUCCGGCGAAAUUCGGUCUCUCUGGAUCGGUGAUCUUCAGCCAUGGAUGGAUGAGAAUUACCUCAUCAGCAUCUUCGCUCAAACAGGAGAGGUGGUUUCAACUAAGGUGAUUAGGAAUAAGCAAACGGGUCUGGCAGACGGAUACGGAUUUAUCGAGUUCGUGUCACAUGCAGCAGCUGAGAGGGUUUUGCAGUCGUAUAAUGGGUUGCCGAUGCCAAAUGCUGAGCAGAAUUUUAGGAUGAAUUGGGCUGCACUUGGAUAUGGAGAAAAGAGGCAAGAAGAGGGUCCUGAAUACACAAUCUUCGUUGGGGAUUUAGCUGCAGAUGUUUCUGAUUACAUGUUACAAGAGACUUUUAAAGCUGUGUACCCAUCUGUUAAGGGUGCCAAAGUGGUUACUGAUAGGACUACGGGCUGGUCUAAAGGUUAUGGCUUUGUGAAGUUUGGUGAUGAAAGUGAGCAGAUUCGAGCCAUGACUGAAAUGAAUGGGAUGUAUUGUUCUACCAGGGCAAUGCGGAUUGGACCGGCUGCUAGUAAGAAGCCUGUCACUGAUCAGCAGUAUCCGAAAGCUUCUUACCAGACUACCCAAGGAAAUCCUGGCGAGAGUGAUCCGAAUAAUACAACAAUAUUUGUCGGUGGCUUGGAUCCCAGUGUUUCUGAAGACCAGCUAAAACAAAUAUUUAGCCAGCUUGGUGAGGUAGUUCAUGUAAAAAUUCCUGCUAACAAGCAUUGUGGUUUCGUUCAGUAUGCUAGCAGGACUAGUGCUGAACAAGCAUUAUCCGUUUUGAACGGUACUGUUUUAGGAGGAAGAAAUGUGAGGCUUUCAUGGGGACGUAGCCCUUCAAGCAAACAGGCUCAACCUGAUCAGGCUCAAUGGAACAGUGGAUACUAUGGAUAUCCUCAAGGAUAUGAAGCAUAUGGAUAUGCACCUCCUCCCCAAGAUCCUAACAUGUACUAUGGUGGCUAUCCCGGAUAUGGCAAUUACCAGCAGCCAGGGGCUUACCAACAACGACCACAGUAAGCUGCGCUCCUGUGGCUCGAAGCUCGGCCUGGAGUAGUUUAGGUGUUGGCUUGAUCCUAGACAUGUUUCAUUGAUUGCUGUACAAUUUGUGGGUUUGGGUUUUCGUAGAGGUUCCAUGUUUCUUCAUCUGGUCCGUUUUAAUGGCUUCACUUUUCUCGGCUUCUUUUCUUUUUUUUAAUAUAUA